AUGACUGCUACGUGGUCUAACGAGAAAAUUACUGAUUUCAUUAAUGAAGUACAUUUAUACCCUGAGUUGUGGGAUAUAAAAACCGGCAUAUACAAAGAUAGGAAUGCUAAAAAAGAUGCAUGGAAUGAAAUCGCUGAAAAGUUUGGCAUAACAAGCAACGAGGCUUACAAAAAAUUCAGAAGCCUAAGAACUUACGCAAAUAAUGAGGAGAAAAAGAAGAAAAGUGGUAGUGCUGGCGGUAAAACAGUAAAGUGGUUUGCUUACGAUGCGCUAUCGUUUCUCUUAAAACAAAAUUCCGCUAAUAUAGGAUUAGAUAGUGAAAAUGCAACUUCUAACGCGACUGAAACUACACACACUGACAUCAAUGCUGACCCACGUGAAUUCGUAGAAAUAGAAACGACUGGCUCUUUGGAUGCCGUCGAUACUACUCCAAAACCACGAACUAAAAGGUCCAAGACUACAGAUCCACUAUUAGAAAAGGCUCAAAAUAUUAUACGCGAUGCUGGCGAAAAAAAAAACGAAUAUGCUGCUUUCGGAGAGCAUGUUGCCAACAAAAUGAGUAAAUAUGACGACUACACGCGUUCGCAGGCUGAAUUGAAAAUCAUGAAAAUACUAUUUGAAUGUGACAUGACAAUGUACAGAACUCGAGCUGGUACUUCAGAAAGUCUAUAUUCAGAUUUAUCCACACCACCUCCUCAAAAUCCUCAAUCUGAAGAUAACGCCGUUUCAGAUAAAACACAGUCAAAAUUAAAUUAUGAAGAACUUGUGUCGUUUACUAUCCAAAAUGAUGCAUGAAACUGAAAAUUAGAAUUUUUAAGGACUACCAAAUUUCUUACUAUGAUUAGCCACUAAUUGUUAUUACUAGAAACCUUUUAUUAUUAAAUUUAAAAAGUACAUAAUAAUUACUUUAUUACUAAUUACUCCUUAUUAAUAAUAUUUAUAAUAGCAAACUUAAUAAACCUAUGUCAACUUACCUUGAU